AUGGGCCCGCAUGCGUACACGGCGUCGAAGCACGCGCUGGUGGGGCUGACCAAGAACGCGGCCUGCGAGCUCGGGGAGCACGGCAUCCGCGUGAACUGCGUGUCCCCCUUCGGCGUGGCCACGCCAAUGCUGGUGAAUGCGUGGCGCCACAGCCACCAUGAUGAAGAUGAAGACGGGAGCGCGGCGGCGCCGGUGAGCGCGGAGGAGGUGGAGAAGGCGGAGGAGAUGGUGCGCGGCAUGGCGACGCUCAAGGGCACGACGUUGAGGGCAGGGGACAUCGCGGAGGCGGCGCUGUUCCUGGCCAGCGACGAGUCGAGGUACAUCUCCGGGCACAACCUCGUCGUCGACGGCGGCGUCACCACCUCCAGGAACGUCAUCGGGCUGUGA